AGAUGCGCGCGUACCACUCCUCUUCAUUUCACCAUGUCGUUCAGCAAGCGAGUUGCUGUGGCCGCCGCCCUCGCCUUGGCCCUGCAGCUUAUCCUGGCUUCACAUCUUGCAGCAGCUGGAGCCAAAAAAGACGAAACAAUAGCACCGUUACAGACGUGCGAGACCAUGAUCAAGGUCCCCUGCUGGGGCAAAAACGCGAUCUGCAUCCCCAUCUGCAUCGCGAUGCGCUACACCGGCGGUUUCUGCGACGUCGCCACCUGCAUGUGCACCAAGCAAUGCCUCGCCGCCGCCGAGGCUGAGGCAGAUGGGGCAUCGCAGCAGGCCGUGGCGACACCGCGGCUGAACUGAUGGAUUGUUUGGUGGGCGGGCGGCUGGGGCAUGCAUGCCGAGAAUAAACUCGAUGUUAUAACAAUGCGACCGAGAGUAGACCCAGGUUGCUUGUCAUAUGUAGCAGAUUAUUGAUGAAGUUAUUUGAUGAUUGAUCGUCUCGAUCUUUAACACAUAUGUAAUUUUUACUUUCAUCUUCAGCAGUCUUAUCCAUCUCACCUCCUA